AUGGACAAAUUCUCAUACAACUCGUAUCCGGACUCAGCUGAGUCGUCUCCUAGAUCUCGCGAGGUCGACUUCGACAACCCGCCGCCAUGGGAGGACCAGCAGCAUCAGCAGCAACAGAGCUACAAGGUGAAGUUCAUGUGCAGCUAUGGUGGAAAGAUCCAGCCGCGUCCACACGAUAACCAGCUCACAUACGUAAACGGCGAUACCAAAAUCAUGUCCGUCGAUCGCGGCACCAGGUUUCCCGCUCUGGUUUCAAAGCUCUCCGCCGUCUGCGGCGGCGGAGGAGAUGUCGGUGAAAUCUCGUUCAAGUAUCAGCUUCCAGGUGAAGAUCUCGACGCGUUGAUAUCUGUGACUAACGAUGACGAUCUCGAGCAUAUGAUGCACGAGUACGAUCGGCUUCUCCGCAUGUCCUCUAAGCCAGCCAGGAUGCGUUUGUUCCUCUUCCCGUCUUUUCCCAUUUCCGGCGGAUUUGGCUCCGAAGGUUCGACCAAAUCGGAUCGGGAAACGCUUAACCCAAUCCCUAGCCGACCUGAAUCGGAGAAAUCCGUUACAGCUUCUCCGAGUAAUGCCGAUUUCCUGUUUGGAUCGGAGAAAGCAGCUCUAGCUCCACCGCCUCCGGUAGCUGUACAGAUUCCUCAACAGAUACCAGAACCGGUGGCUCCUGAACCGCCGAUAUUCGCAAAUCAACAAGUGAUACAACCGGAUCCGGCGGAGAUGGAGAGACAAAUCCAUGAAUUUCAGAGGAUUCAAAUCAGAGAUCAAGAGCAACAGCAGCAGCAGCAGAUGCAGCAACAGCAGCAGCAGCAGAUGCAACAUCAGCAUCAGCUGCAACAACAACAGCAGCAAGAAGAAGCUAUGUACAGGAGAAAGAGCGAAGAUGCUCUCAUGGAAACCGGACGUUACUUCUCUCCAACGUACGCUCAAAAUCCGGCGCCGACGGGAGUACCUCAGACGAAUCAACAACCUCCGGUAGGCUACUGGCAAGGAAACAACAACAACACAGGGAACAACAUGUACACAACAACGUCACAGAAUCUACCGGAGCAGCAACAAGUAUACAUGAUUCCAGCUCAAUCUCAAGCUCCGGGGACAAUGUAUCACAGCGUCAUGAGACCAACGGCACAAGGAAACCAAGGCUAUUACCCACCUGUUCAGAGAAUCCAUCAUCCUGAUGCAUACAUGAACAUGGAGCAGCAGCAGCAGAGCCAGCAAGGUUACAACGUGGUUCAACCACAGCCACAGUAUUCAGGUGGUCAAAUGGGUUUACAGGAAACGGCGUCGUAUUCGCAGAUGGGGAAUCCUGUUUACUAUACGGUGGCUGGGGAAGGCAUGAUGGUUCAACAGCAACCGCCUCAGCCGCAGUACCAGGGAAUGGGUCAACCGGUUAACACGGCUCCAAAAGUUUCACAAAAUCCAGAUACAGUGUGA